AUGGCGGGAGGCCACGCCCCCGGCUGGAGCCACGCCCCCCGGCGCCCCGGAUUGGCCGCGCUCCUCCCCCUGAGGAGCGGGGGAGGCUCCGCCCCGCCGCGCUGCGCUUUAGCUGGGCGCGGACUCUUCAAGAGCGCCAGUGUGAGCCGUGGCGGGCGCUGUGCUGUGCGGGGUCGAGGCGGCGCCGGCGCCGGUGCCGCUGCGGAGAACCCGCCGGACGCGGAGGCAAGCGCGGGGCGCGGCGCGGCGGGGCGCCGUGAGGCGGUGGGGGGCACGGAGGGGCCGGGCGGCGGUUGGUUCCCGCGGCGGGAGUGGCGGGUGCGCAUGCGCGGGGUGGGGGCGGGGCGGGGGGUAACGGUCCGUGCGCGCGGCGGGGCGGGGCCGGCGGCCGUGAGGCGGGGGCGGGGCCCGUGCGGAGGCGGGACCGCUCCGCGCCCACCCCGCGUGUCUUAG